AUGCUGGAACUUUGGAGAGUGAAGAGACUUUGUGAGGAGUCAUACAUAAAAAAGCAGUAGAGCUCAGUGGUUGCUGGGCUGUGAUCUAGUUCUGUGGUGUGUAAAUUUUGGAAUAUUACUGGCAGCAUGGACACAUCCAGAUAUUUGAGACUGCUGUUUUGGAGUAAGCACAGUGUUUUGGGGCAGUUGUGGCACAUUUAAGGUGAUGAACCACAGAAAAGAUUGCAUUGCUGAACAUAUCACAGGACACAUAUUCUUCCUGAGGCAGAAGUGUGGGAUGUGUCAGGUGCUGAGGGCUGGACUUGAAUGAAUGUCGGGAGGUUAUCUGGGCAGGGGAAGGGCUUAGGAGAAAGAUUCAGCCUGGCCAUCUGUCCCAGGCUCUGUGCUGCAAUACCAAGGUGGGUUUGCUUGUCCGUAGGGGAAGGAGUUCAGGCCCUUGGCUGUAAAAUCACGGGGUGCCUUCCUCAAAGCUGGCUAUUCCAGAGACCUCCUGGAGACCUUCUGUACAUGGCUUGUGGUGUUGACCUUUGAUGGGAAUGGAGCUGGGGAAGGGUCUGGAGCACCAGUCUGCUGAGGAGAGGCUGAGGGAGUUAGGGCAGGUUCAGCCUGAGAAAAGGAGGAUCAGGGGGAUGUCCUCACUCUUUACAAGUCCUUGACAGGAGGGUGCAGGCAGGUGGGGUCACACUUGUCUCCAGCAAACAACGGACGGGAGAAGGGGAAACAGUCUCGAGCUGUGCCAGGGCAGGUUCAGGUUCACUGUUGUGAACAAUUUCUUCAUGGAAAGGUUUGUCCAGUCCUGGCACAGGCUGGCCAGGGCAGGGGUGGAGUUCCCAUCCCUAGAGGGGCUUAAAAGCAGUGUGGAUGUGGUUCUUGGGUGCAUGGGACAGCACUUUGGGUUAGCAGUGGCUGGGUUCAGUGGUCUCAGAGGGCUUUUCCAACCCAAACAAAUGCGUGUUUCUCUGGUUUUCUGUGGGUCUAAUGCAAUCCCUGUCAUUCCAGGCCUUUGCUCUCUCUUUCAGGAUGCCCACAACUGCAUUCCCGAGCUGGACAGUGAAACAGCCAUGUUCUCUGUCUACGAUGGACACGGAGGAGAAGAAGUUGCCCUGUACUGUGCCAAGUACCUUCCUGAGAUCAUCAAAGACCAGAAGGCCUACAAGGAAGGCAAAUUGCAGAAGGCCCUGGAAGAUGCAUUCUUGGCCAUUGAUGCCAAGCUCACCACAGAGGAGGUGAUUAAGGAGCUCUCUCAGAUGGCUGGACGGCCACAGGACGAUGAAGAUGAGAAGGAGAAGGUUGCUGAUGAAGAUGAUGUGGAUAAUGAGGAAGCUGCUCUUCUGCACGAAGAAGCCACAAUGACCAUCGAGGAGCUUCUCACACGUUAUGGACAAAACUGCACCAAGAACCUCAAAGCCAAGUCUGUAGCUGCAGCUGGGGAUAACGCUGUGGAGGGGACAGGCAAGCAGCAUGAUGGGGAGUCAAAUAUGAAUGGAGAGGCUGACCCAGGGGAGCUUCCCGACCACAAGGAGAGGAAGAACGGGAAGCCAGACGAAGAAAUCACGGGUAUUUCCUCCACCUCAGACAAAGCCAGCGCUGGAGGCAACAGCCCUGCUCUGCAGAAGCCUGAACUAGGCAAAGGUGACGAGGCCGUCACCUCUUCUACUGGGGAGGCCGGGCCCUCCUGCUCCUCCACGGGAAAGCCCCAGCGCACAACCAAAUCCAAAUUUUUUGAGGACAGUGAGGAUGAGUCAGAUGAGGUUGAGGAAGAGGAGGAAGACAGUGAGGAAUGUAGUGAGGAUGAGGACGGUUACAGCAGUGAAGAGGCAGAGAAUGAAGAUGAAGAGGAUGACACUGAAGAAGCAGAGGAGGAUGAGGAUGAAGAGGAGGAAAUGUUGUUACCGGGCAUGGAGGGGAAAGAGGAGGUGUACACCCUGGUUUUGUGUUCUCCACCUGGCUCAGACAGCGGGACCACGGCUGUGGUGGCGCUGAUCCGGGGCAAGCAGCUGAUCGUGGCCAACGCCGGGGACUCGCGCUGUGUGGUGUCGGAGGGGGGCAAGGCUGUCGACAUGUCCUACGACCACAAGCCAGAGGACGAGGUGGAGCUGGCCAGGAUAAAGAACGCUGGGGGCAAGGUCACCAUGGACGGAAGGGUGAACGGCGGCCUCAACCUCUCCAGGGCCAUCGGGGAUCACUUCUACAAGCGGAACAAGAACCUCCCUCCGGAAGAGCAGAUGAUCUCUGCCUUGCCUGACAUCAAAGUGCUGACAAUAAACGAUGACCACGACUUCAUGGUCAUUGCCUGUGAUGGAAUCUGGAAUGUGAUGAGCAGCCAGGAAGUGGUGGAUUUCAUCCAGUCGAAGAUCACCCAGAAGGAUGAGAAUGGAGUCCUGCGGCCACUCUCCUCCAUUGUAGAAGAGCUGCUGGAUCAGUGCUUGGCUCCAGACACCUCAGGGGAUGGCACCGGCUGCGAUAACAUGACCUGCAUCAUCAUCAGCUUCAAACCCCGUAACACACACCCGCCCGCUGAGAGCGGGAAGCGGAAACUGGGGGAGGCAGCAGCACCAGCAGAGGAGAACGGUGGGGACAGCACCAAGAAGGCCAAACUGGAGUAGCAGGGCCCACCUGGGGACUGGGC